UGUAUUUUAUGAACUUAAUAACUUUGAUUGAGUUAAAUUAAACGCAAUCACAUCGAAGCUGGUAGCACUGCAUAUUUUUUGGUGACGGCAGCAUUUGCUAACGCCAUUUAAAGAUGGCUGCCUUGUUGUUGGCGACUGUUGGGCGCUUGUUUGGAAAUUAAUGUUUAUUUCUUUGUAUUAUUAUGAGUUCAAUUGAUUAUGUUUUCGUAAAUGUGAAGAUAAAUGCAUGAUUUAGUUAAUUGGUAGUUAACCUGGGCGCUGCCCCAACAGUCACCCUCGAGGAGAGCCCCCAAUGACCCACCUCUAGCUUAAGCCUACUUUACGAUAAGUUCAACGUUAGUUAGACAAGAUGUGGCCCGCACCGCAAUACUCGCAUACCAACCAGCCCAAGUCCAAUGAACAUCAAAACCAGCAGAACUUGAAGACGCUGGGAAUGACCUCUGCAAUUUCCAUGGCAGGUCCAAAACCGAUCGACAUCGAAAAGACGAACGAACUGAAAGAAGCUCUUAUCCCGUUCGGAGUCUUCGAAUCUGAUGCUGAAAUGGACCACCGCAUGGAAGUCCUCGGAGCACUACACAGGCUUGUGAGGCAGUGGAUACGAGAUGAGAGUAUGAGGAAGAAUAUGCCGCCAAAUGUAGCUGAUACUGUUGGUGGGAAUAUAUAUACAUUCGGAUCCUAUAGACUUGGGGUCCACCACCGCGGCGCCGACAUCGACGCGCUCUGCGUGGCGCCGCGACACAUUGACCGGACAGACUAUUUCCAGUCGUUCUACGAACUUCUACGCCAACAGCCGCAGGUUCGCGAUUUGCGCGCCGUCGAGGACGCCUUUGUGCCAGUCAUCAAAAUGAACUUUAACGGUAUUGAGAUAGAUCUGCUAUUUGCCCGCCUCGCCCUCAAGGAGAUACCAGAUUCCUUUGACCUUAGAGACGACAUGCUUCUCAAGAACCUGGACCAGAAAUGCGUCCGCUCGCUAAACGGUUGCCGCGUCACCGACGAGAUCCUCCGACUCGUGCCCAACAUCGACAACUUCCGGCUGACCCUGCGCGCCAUCAAGCUCUGGGCCAAGCGCCACGGCAUCUACUCGAACACGCUGGGCUACCUGGGCGGCGUGUCGUGGGCCAUGCUGGUGGCCCGCACGUGCCAGCUCUACCCCAACGCGCUGCCGGCCACUUUGCUGCACAAGUUCUUCCUGGUGUUCAGCCAGUGGAAGUGGCCGCAGCCGGUGCUGCUGAAGCAACCUGAUAGUGUUAAUCUUGGCUUCCCGGUGUGGGACCCUAGGGUAAAUGUCUCCGACCGGUUCCACCUAAUGCCUAUCAUCACCCCCGCCUACCCGCAACAGAACUCUACCUUCAACGUGUCUGCCUCAACGAGGACGGUCAUCAUGGAAGAAUUCAGACUGGGCCUCGCAAUAACAGACGAGAUAAUGCUUUCAAAAUGCGGUUGGGAGCGUCUCUUCGAAGCUCCCAACUUCUUCGCGCGUUACAAGCACUUCAUAGUGCUGCUCGCUUCGUCCGCAAACAAGGACGACCAGUUACAGUGGUGUGGGCUGGUCGAAAGUCGGAUCAGACAUCUCAUUACGACCCUAGAAAGAAACCAACACAUAACCAUCGCCCACGUCAACCCAGAGUGCUACAACUCCGUGCCACUCAACAUAAAUAACGGGCAACCUCUCGCCUUGCCGCCUGGUGCUCCUGUCCCAGAUCCUGGUACUGAAGUCAAAAAGAAUGAAAAUGGUGAAGUACUAGCGAACCACUGUUCCAUGUGGUUCAUCGGUCUCGUGUUUGAGAAGACGAACCUCAACGUAGACCUCACAUACGACAUAUCCACUUUCACGAAGAGCGUGCAUUACCAAGCUGAGAACACUAAUAUGCUGAGAGAAGGCAUGGCUAUUGAGGUUCGGCACGUGCGACGCAAGCAACUCCACCAAUACCUCUCAGCAUCUUUGCUGGUCAAGCGUGAGCGGACAGCGUCAGGAACUAAACGCAAGCCCGACGCGCUGCCCGUGAAGCCCGCGCCUAAGAAGACUAAGAGAUUAUCAGAGAGCAGCACGGACGAAGUGAGCAUCCUGUCCUACAACGACGACUCGAACUCGUCCAACGUGUACGAGCUGAGCCUGCACUCCGCGGCCGCGCCCGCCCCCGCCCCCGCGCCCGCGCCCGCCCCCGCCCCCGCCGCCGCCCCCGCCGAGCCCGCGGCGGCGGCGGCGGGGCCCAGCAUCGCGUGCACGUAGCAGUACGAGGAGUGGCGCCGCCGCUUCAUCUACGGCGCGCCCGCACACCGCGCCCGCCCCCGCGCCCGCGCCCGCGCCCAGCGCGCUAACGCUGCGAGGCCUCCUCUGUGAACUGUGAACAGUGCAGUGUUGUGCAAACUGGUGUUUUAGUGAUCUAAAUAAGCUAUACUAUUUGGCGCCCUUUUUGUCUCGGUACAUGUCCGAGUACUACUGUUCGUGUGGCACGAGCUCCUACGUGUAGCGUACUAUGCGAUCUAGGUAUCGUAUUAUUUUGAAUUAUCUAACGUGACGCGUAACAAUUUACGCUAUUAUGCCUCAAUCUAUGACUCCUGAUGGUUCAUUUGCGGCCGCCGCCAUCCACCGUCGGCUGCGCUGGCGUGAACAUCACUCCUUUUUAAGUCAAACGAUCACCAAGUUCAUUGUUCGUCGUGUAAGUAUAAUAUCCUAAGACUUGACGUUCCACAGAUUUAACACAUAUAAUCGCCGGCUGGAAAUAGCUACACUACUUAAGUUGUGCCGACCUCACAGGAGCAAUUGAUGGCACCCUCCUCCCACUUGCCAAUAGUGUUGUUACUUCUUCAAAUUUAUGAAGCCAGCAGUAUUUGCCUUAUAUUGAGAUGAGUGAAUCACACUUGCACUCUACAUGUCUAUGAGCUGACUUUCCUAUUUGAUUGGAAACUUUUAUGGACAAAAACUAAAUUGAUGAUUGAAUUCAAAUUCAAUUAUUAUAAGUUUUAUUGAUGUCUAACUUUAUAUGUAAAGCGUGGCAUGACCCAAGUUAGCACUUAUAUGAACAAUGGCUAGACUUUCGCGUCGAAUCGUGACUGACUUGUGAUGAUAGUGAUAAGGUUUGUUUUGGCGUGAUUUCGACGUCGGCUACGUUUUGAGGGUAAGUUACUUGACUUUUUUUACAGAAUUACUGUUUAUUAUGUCAGUGAAUCAACUAUUUCUUGUCACUCGUUGCCAUGGUUACGUUCCCCUGGGCCAGUCUUUAAUCCCAGAUUUAGUGGUAUUUAAAUUUACCAAACAUCCGAUUUUGUGGUAGUUUUCUGCCAUUUUCAUAAUGGACUAUAUAUUAAGAUUCUAACAAACACUAUUGUCCUCUAUUGACAAAAUACGACGAGAAAAAGUUGCUCCACCCAUGUGUAACAUUAAAAAAAUUGAUCUUAAUUCUACUACUUACGGUAAUACGAUAUAUAAGUAUUAUAAGAGUCGUAAGAUAGAAUAAAAUGUUUGAUUGUGAGAUUGUUACAUAAUAAACGGUAACUGUGAAAUAAUACUGAUUUUGAGUCCAGAUAAACACACUAAGCAAUGACGUGUACUAAUUUUGUUAAAUUAUUGCCAAAAUUAAAGUCCAUCUAUAUGCAAUCAAUGAUACUCUUAACAGUUUCGUUUCAAAUUUAGUGAAACUGGUUUAGUAUUGUACAUUUUACCACUGUGAACAAAAAAAAACAAAUGUUACGGUGGUAACAGGUGGAAAUAACCCUUUAUUUGGCGCCUGAUGUUACAUCCCAAUAUCUUCGUGCAUUCGGGCCGUCAGGGUCCACUAUGACACGCCGCACGCGUUAUUCGUGGCGUUAAAACGGUUACAUAUGUGAUGGAUGUUUCAUUAUUGACGAGGAUUUGUUGCACAGCCAAUAUAUAUUUUUUUAAAGCGGCAACAUUUCAAUACGGGAGAUCAAAGAAAUACUCCCAAAUAAAGGUUUAUACCCUAUUAUUAUAUUAAAGUGAAAGUUAGUGAAGUGUGCAAACAAGUAGAAUUUUUAUUUGGAGAUGACGAAAGUAAUAUUUAUGGAGAUAUAAAUGUCAAUAUCCCAAGCAUUUUUUAAUUGAAGCAAGCACUAUCUAGGCACACCACUGGAUUUAAAGUAGGUUUGAA